AUGAAAGAUCGUAGAAAAAAAAACGGUGUCGUUUCAUGGAGCACAUUCUUUUUGUUCACCAUCGUUGUUUUUUUGUCUUCCAUUAUCUUUACCGCUCUCAUUUUCUCUUCCAUAUAUUCCUUUUACAUCCCUCAUUUUCACCUCCCAAAAACAGUUUUCAAAUGGCGUACACCAACACCGCCGCAAAUCACCAUCCGAGAAACCGUUACGCUUCCGGAUCAGGUUUUGAUAUUCCUAAAUUACCCUUUGUCUUUUUAUCAUCAUACUAAAAAUGACCUUCAAUGUGUUUACUUAUCGGAUGACUUGGCUCCUCAGCUCACUCAUGAGCCGAUUCAGCUUCACUCUGUUAGGCUCCAUGAACAAAUUGUGCGGUGCCCGAUGCCUCCACGUGGCGAAACUGUAUCUCUCAGGAUAAAAUCCAACAUUACUCUUCAAAUUAAAAACUCUUCAAUCCAUAACUGGGACCCCUUAGUUUACGAAGCUCUAUUCGAUCGUGACAACACUACCAUCGUAUUUGUAAAAGGACUUAAUCUUCGACCAGAGAAAUUAUCUGAACCUUCUAGAUUCCAAUGCGUGUACGGUUGGGAUUUCACAAAGCCCAAAUUCUUAUUUAAAUCAGAUGUUUUAUCAACUGCCCAAGAGAUUAUAAGAUGCAAAACACCUCCAAGCAUUUUAGCCCAAGCCCAAACCCAUACCCAACAUGAAGGUUUUAUUAAAGUAUCUAUUCAAGUUGAAGGUAAAAAAAUAUUUCCCUCCAUAGCAAGGCCUGGGAUUAUUUCAUUACUUAAACCACCAAACCGAAAACCGUAUGAGUUAUGCAUAUGCACGAUGCUACGAAACCAAGCCCGAUUCAUCAAAGAAUGGGUAAUGUACCAUUCAAAAAUCGGAGUCGAAAGAUGGUUUAUUUAUGAUAACAACAGUGACGACGACAUAGAAAAUGUGAUUGCUUUCUUGCAAAGUGCGGGUUACAACAUCACGUGGCACUUAUGGGCCUGGGUGAAAACGCAAGAAGCGGGGUUUGCUCAUUGUGCUUUAAGGGCCCGGGCCUCAUGCGAGUGGGUUGGGUUUAUCGACGUCGAUGAAUUCUUCAACGUGAAGAUAAAAGUAGAUUUACGACAUGUGAUUUGGCAUUAUUCAAAUCCCGAGAAAAAGGUAGCGGAAAUAAGAACACCGUGCUACAGUUUUGGGCCUUCAGGCCUAAAGGAUGUGCCGAGUGAAGGAGUGAUGAUGGGUUACACAUGUCGGUUGGCGGGAAGGGAGAGACAUAAGAGUAUUGUGAGACCUGAUGCACUGAAUCACACCCUUAUUAAUGUCGUGCAUCAUUUUCAUUUGAAAGCACCGUUUGUAGCCGUUGAUGUAGAGAAUGGUGCGAUGAUGAUUAAUCAUUAUAAAUAUCAAGUUUGGAAAGUGUUCAAAGAGAAAUUUUAUAGACGGGUUGCAACUUACGUGGCAGAUUGGCAAAAAGAAGAGAAUGUGGGGUCUAAAGAUAGAGUACCUGGUUUGGGGACUAAACCGAUCGAACCAGAUGAUUGGUCGAAUCGGUAUUGUGAGGUUAAAGAUGUAAGUUUGAGAAAUUGGGUUUUAAAGAAUUUUAAGGAUAAAAAAACUCAUCUUUUUCCAUGGCAACCAGGGUUUGAGCUUCAUCUGAAAAAGAGACAAAGGCAAAAAGAAAAAGGAAUUUUAUGA